AUGGAACUCAUCCAGUGUUUUACAAUUUCUUCUGGAAUUUGUUCCAGCCAAAUUCACCUUUCCUGCCAGAAUGGGAGAGUGCAUCGAGCACUGUCUGUGCUAGGCUGGAUUGCUGGAGAUCUCACCAACUUCACAGGCUGCUAUUUAACAAAUCAGCUGCCAAUCCAGAUUGUCACUGCUGGUUUUUAUGUUAACAUGGAUCUAAUUAUGAUUUCACAAUUUGCCUACCAUAAGCUCAAGAAUCAGAAGGUGACAAAAUGCAACCAUAACCUGAGGAAUUUCUGCAUCUCCUGGGUCGUGGAGUGUGUGGAGCUCUGUGUGGCACUGCUCUGUCAGCUGAGGAACCAGGAGCAGGGCAUGGCAAUCCCAAGAAAUAAUCACGGAUUGAUAUCAGUGUCAGGUGUCAUUUGUGGCUGCAUGUCCUGUGUGUUUUACCUGGGCAGCAGAUUCCCUCAGCUCUGUAAGAACACGAUGAUUUGUGCUAAAACUACUAAAUUCCAAAGAAGGUCCUCAGAAGGCAACUCUUACUUGCUCUUUGCCUUGGCCAUGAUGGGAAACUGCACCUAUGGACUGAGCCUUGCCUUAAAGAUGCCCAAAACCAAAUCCUCCUGAGGCCUCUGCUUUGUUCACCACCUUCCUUGGCUCACUGGCAGCUUUGGAGUCUUUUUUCUUGACAGUUUUAACGUUGUGGGUGGAGCUGGAGAUCCCCUGGGACGCUGGGAGCUCUUUGCUCUGCUCGCUGAGGAGAGGGGGGAGAUGCUGGAUGUGCUGGAUGUGCUGGAUGUGCUGGAUGUGCUGGAUGUGCUGGAUGUCUCCAUGUGCCCUCCCAAGAAGCUGCUCCAGCACGAGGCUUCAGAUCCCGACACGUCCUCUCGGCUGGAACCCUCUUUACAUCCCUCGGAACAGAAUCUGUCGUCGUGA